UAAUGUUAAAUUGUCUCAAUGUUCAGAUGCCGCUACGUAGGGAACCCGAUCAUCAGGCUUCUACUCAGGCUACGGUAGUCGCUCAGUUCCGCGACUAUCACGCCGAAAAGUUCUCAGGGCAGGGAGACCCCCGCAUCGUUGAUGAAUGGAUUCAGGGGUUGGAAUUUAUCUUUGAG